AGUGUGUGCUUGUAAGAGGGGAAGAGGAAAGCAUUUUGAAAACAAGGAGGAAAGGACAGAGAACCGAAAGGUCCAAGAUGGCGGCGGCGGCGGCUCCUCCGGCUCCAUCUCCGCCUCCCCCUCCUCCGGCAGGCCCCUGCUGCCCGGGCUCCUGGCCUAACUUCGCCGUCGUCUGUUCUUUCCUUGAGCGUUACGGGGCUUUGCUGGACUUGCCCGAACUGCCCUUCCCCGAGCUGGAGCGCGUCCUGCAGCCGCCUCAGGAACCCGGAGAUCAGGUUCCUAAAGAAUUGGUGGAGCUCCACUUGAAACUGAUGAGAAAGAUUGGGAAGUCUGUCACAGCAGACAGAUGGGAAAAAUAUUUGAUCAAGAUAUGCCAAGAAUUCAACAGCACUUGGGCUUGGGAGAUGGAAAAAAAAGGAUACCUAGAAAUGAGUGUUGAAUGCAAGCUGGGGAUUCUGAAGUAUCUCUGUGAAUGUCAGUUUGAUGACAAUCUAAAGUUUAAGAACAUCAUUAACGAGGAGGAUGCUGAUGCCAUGCGCCUGCAGCCCAUCGGGCGAGACAAGGAUGGGCUGAUGUAUUGGUAUCAACUGGAUCAAGAGCAUAAUGUCAGGAUGUACAUAGAAGAACAGGAUGACCAGGAUGGAUCCACCUGGAAGUGCAUUGUUAGGAACCGCAAUGAGCUUGCUGAGACCCUGGAGCUCUUGAAAGCACAAAUUGAUCCUGCCCUGCUGAAAAGUAACAAUCCUCAGCAGGAGACUUCAUCAAGGGAAAGCCCGAGCUUAGAAGAUGAAGACACGAAAAAGGGGGAAGAAGCAUCUACACAAGAAAAUCAAUUGAAAAUCAAAGAAGAAAAAGAGGAUGUGGAGGAACAGCCAGUGGAAAUGGAAAGCCUUCCUCUUCCUGUGGUUAAAGAAGAUGAAAAUAUGAAAAUUGAGAAAGUGGAAGAAAAAGAAAUUGUAAAAUUACCAGUAAUAGUAAAGUUAGAGAAACCUUCAGAAUACAAUGAAGAAAAGCAAACUGUCAAGGAAGAAAGUGACUCCUUUAAAGAAAAUGUCAAGCCUGUUAAAGUAGAGGCAAAGGAAAACAAAACAGAAUCAAAAGACUUAAAGGAAGUAAAAAGUUGUACGGACAAAAUAGCUGUUCAUGAGCCAGAGAGGUUAGAGUUUUGUGUUAAUGUUAAAACUCCCCAAGAAAUUGUGGAGAAAUCUGUGGAAGAAAGUGAGAAACUUAAAAAUGAUCAGCAGGCAAAAAUACCACUUAAAAAACGAGAGAUCAAGCUGACGGAUGACUAUGACAGUCCAAUUAAGGGGCCCCUCUGUAAAUGUGUUACUCCAACGAAGGAUGUCUUGAAGGAAGAAGGGAAACCUGAAGAAGAAGCUUUUAAGAGAGUCCCUACAAUUACUGCUUUAUGCCCUGAUGGGAAGGUGCUAGUAAAUGGAGAGGUUACCUGUGAAAAAAUAACCCCAAGUGUCAUACAAAAUAAUAAGUCAGAACACUCUGCCAGCCCCAAGGAAGGCAGCAGCUCAUUAAAAGAGAGAAAUGGAAAAAGUGGGGACAAGGUGUCAGACUCCCUAAAAGUGUCAGACUCUGUUAGUAAAAUUAUAAAAGUGUGUGAAGUUGAGAAAAAUUCAGUGACUGUGGUGAAAGAAACUGGGGCUGUGGUCUCUGAGGCUUCUAAUCAAAAAGUGCCUUUAAAUGAGGAAUCUAGUCCUGUGGAAAAAGAGUCCUUUGACAACACAACUACUGAAAUGGUAGUGGAAGGGUCUUCAAACUCUGAGGACUGUGCCAAAACAACUGAAGAGAAACCAGCCAUGAAAAUCAAAAUGGACAUAAUCCAGCCACCCAAAGAAUGUUCGGAGAAAGCAGAGAAGUCUCCAAGUGCAUCUGCUCCUGCAGAACUGCCCAGGCUUGCACCGUCUGGUGAAGAGACUCUGACAAGUAAAGGUGAGUCUGAGGAGAAACCUGGUUCUCCCAAAGCUGCUCAGACACCUCCUUCAGCUGCUUCUGUUAUUUUAGAAAAUCCUGCUUUGGAAAAGGAGAGCUCUGAUACUCAAGCAGAAAAGGAGGGCUCUGGUAGCCAAACAGAAAAGGAGGACUCUGAUAGUCAAGCGGAAAAAGAGAAAUCUGGUAGUGAGACAGAAAAGGAGAGCUCUGGCAGUCAAAUGGAAAAGGAGACCUCUGACAGUCAAAUGGAAAAGGACUCUGACAGUCAAAUGGAAAAGGACUCUGGUAGUCAAAUAGAAAAGGAGACCUCUGAUAUUCAAACAGAAAAAGAGAGCUCUGGUAUUCAGACAGAAAAGGAGAGCUCUGAUACUCAAACAGAAAAAGAGAGCUCUGGUAUUGAAGCAGAAAAGGAGAGCUCUGGUAGUCAAACAGAAAAGGAGAGCUCUGGUAAUCAAGCAGAAAAGGAGAGCUCUGGUAAUCAAGCAGAAAAGGAGAGCUCUGGUAUUCAAAUGGAAAAGGAGAGCUCUGGUGGUCGAACAGAAAAGGAGAGCUCUGAUAGUCAAACAGCUCUGCCUGAGGAGAGCAAAGCAGAAGAAAUACCCAGCUCUGAAAAACAAGAGGAAGAGCCAAAAGCUACCAAGACAGAGUCAGAUAGAUUGGAUGAUGCUCAAGCUUCUAAUCUAGAGGACUCAUCAGAGAGUAAAAAGGAAACUCCACCGCCUAAAAGCAAAUUUAAAUAUAAGUUAGUUUCUGAAGAAGAAAACUGUGCAACAGAUAAUAAAGAAAUAACUUCUGAAAGACAGAAAGAAGGAAUUAAAUUAACAAUCAGGAUCUCCAGUCGGAAGAGGAAGACAGAAACUCCACCAGAAGAGGUCAGCGUUGGCCGCACCUUAAGGCGAUCUCCAAGAAUAUCCAAGCCUACUCCCAAAGUUGUGGAGACUCGGGAUCAGAAACCUGACAAAAAACGACCUGAAGAGGAAGAGGAGAAACCUGCAGCAGCACAAAAACCAGAACGAAAAGAAGAUGCAAAAAAACAAGAGAAGGAGUCAAAUUCUAAGGUUAACAAGAGAAGCAAAGUCCGGUGGACGGGUACACGAACACGUGGGAGGUGGAAAUACUCAAGUAAUGAAGAGAGUGAGGAUUCAGAGAGUGAAAAAAACUCUGAUGAGGAAGAGGAGGAGGAAGAAGAGGAGGAAGAAGAAGCUGCACCUGCUGAUGAUGAUGAGCCAUGCAAGAAGUGUGGCCUUCCCAAUCACCCUGAGCUGAUUUUGUUGUGUGACUCCUGUGACAGUGGAUACCACACAGCCUGCCUUCGCCCUCCCUUGAUGAUAAUCCCUGAUGGAGAGUGGUUCUGCCCACCUUGCCAGCAUAAAUUACUCUGUGAGAAAUUAGAAGAACAAUUACAAGAUCUGGAUGUUGUCUUAAAGAAAAAGGAGCGUGCAGAACGCAGAAAAGAGCGACUGGUGUAUGUGGGUAUCAGCAUUGAGAACAUCAUUCCACCUCAGGAGCCAGAAAUACCUGAAGGUCAGGAAGAAAAGAAGAAAGAUUCCAAAAAGCCAAAAUCAAAGCUGCUUGAAAGGAGGUCCACCAGAACCCGAAAAUGCAUAAGCUACAGGUUUGAUGAAUUUGAUGAAGCAAUUGAUGAGGCAAUUGAAGAUGAUAUCAAGGAGGCUGAUGGAGGAGGCAUUGGCAGAGGCAAAGACAUGUCUAAUAUCACAGGUCACCGUGGCAAAGACAUUUCUACAAUCCUAGAAGAAGAAAGGAAAGAAAACAAGCGGCCACAAAGGGCUGCUGCAGCACGGCGCAAGAAACGACGGCGACUGAACGACUUGGAUAGUGACAGCAACCUGGAUGAAGAAGAGAGUGAGGAUGAGUUCAAGAUCAGUGAUGGAUCUCAGGAUGAGUUUGUUAUAUCAGAGGAAAAUCUGGAUGAAAGUGAAGAUGAUCCACCAUCCAAUGAAGACAGUGACUCAGAGUUCUGUGCCCGCAUAUCCAGGAGACACCUCGCCAGGCCCAUGAGGCAAAGCAGACGGUUACGAAGGAAAACUGUCAAGAAAAAAUAUUCUGAAGAUGAUGAAGAUGAAGAUUCUGAGGACAAUUCAAGCAGAGAGUCUGAGAGUGGUGAUUACUCAGAUUACAGUGAUGAUGAUUACCUGGAAACGAGGAGGAGAAGAUCAAGAAGGAAUCAGAAGAGACAAGUUAAUUACAAGGAAGAUUCAGAAAGUGAUGGCUCCCAGAAAAGUGUCCGAUAUGGGAAGGAGUUGAGAAGAGUUCAUAAACGCAGGCUCUCCACUUCAGAUAGUGAAGAGAGCUACACCUCGAAGAACUCCGAAGAUGAGGAAUCCACAAAGGAGUCGAAGCGAUUGAUUCGCAAGCGUCGGCGAAGCACGGACGACUACUCGGAGGAGGAAGGAGAGGAGGAAGAGGAGGAGGAGGAAGGCAGACCUGUCCGCAAACGCCUGAACCGGAUCGAGACGGACGAAGAAGACAACGGCGAAAACGCCGGCGCCGCCGCGGCGGAGAACCCGGCGGAGAAACUGCCAGCACCACCACCACCACCUCCUGCAGACAACAGCAAGAAGCACUGCUACCGGAUAGAGAGCGACGAGGAAGAUGACUUUGAUAACGUAGGGAAAGUGGAGAGCCCUUUGGACUACAGCCUGGUGGAUUUGCCUUCCACCAAUGGACAGAGCCCAGGUAAAACCAUUGAGAACUUGAUUGGCAAACCCAGCGAGAAGAGCCAGGCCCCCAAGGACAGCACGGCCAGCGCCGGCCUGGCGCCCAACGGGACGGGGAGCGGGCAGGAGGCGGUGGGGCCGGAGGAAGAUGAAGAUGAACUCUUGAGAGUGACUGACCUUGUUGAUUACGUCUGUAACAGUGAACAGUUAUAAGACUUCCAUUUUUGUGCUAAUUUAUUCCACGGUAGCUCAUACCAGCGGGCCAGUUAUUAAAAGCUGUUUUAUUUUUCCUAGAAAAUUCUCCACUACAGUAUCACUUUUUAGAAGCAAGAAUUUCACCAGUCCCCGCAGUCUUUCUGUGAAGUGACCAGUUUUGAACUUUGAAGAUGAAUUGCUGUAAAUUCCCUCUUACCCCCUUUUCCCCCCCCCCCCUUUCUCCUUCCAAGUCCAUGGUCCUGGGUAAUUUCACUCACAAAAACCUUAUAACAACAAGAGAUUUGUAUAUUUUUGACUUUAUAUUUCCUGAGUGCAUACAAAUUUGUGGAAAUGGGUGGCCUAAGAAUGCAUUCCAAAUCGGUCGGGGCCCAAACCAGAACUGGGGUGGGUUUGGCUCAAGGGGUUGGGGGGGGAGGCGUGCAGAAGCACUUGUGCUUUAGCUUUUUCAUAUGAGAUAUAUAUUCUAUUUAAAUGUUCACAACUUAGAUUACAACUUAACAGACAGGUAAAAAAAAAAAAAAAAAAGAGAAAUUAAUGUCUGUACUGUCGCAUUUUGUGAGUUGUAGGUUAACAUACCAUAGCUCAUUUUAGUAAUCACCUUCAUGGAAGCAGUUUGAUUUUAAUACUGGAGGCAAACAGAAUUAAUAGAGGCCAAGAAGGUACCAUAAACAAGAACUCUACUAUCCAUUAUGACUUGCAGACUUUCCUAAUAAACAUCCUUUAAAGUGUUUGUACAGUAAAGUGUACUGUAAUGAAGUUUUUGACAGCUGAAAUACGAUAGCCAUGAAUUUGUAAAGCUAUCUCCUGCCUGGCUCACCAGAUGGUCUUUGAUGCACAGUGUCUAGUGGGAGGACGUAUGGCUGUGAAGUUCAGUCUGUGAGCUGGAUGGCAUCCUGAUGUGCUGCAAACUUUUACAGACAAAAGAACCCUGCAGUAGCUGCCCGGCCACUCGAGUUUCACCACCUUUUGGAGUAUUUCUGAGUGAAAUGUGUUGGUGCAAACAGCAUUGACCACAGAAUGACAGUGCAUCAGAGGAUUGAGGCAUUUUCAAGUAAACCGUGACUGGUCCAUUCGUGUCCUUAAUAUCUACUUCAAAUUGAAGUAAACAAAUGGAACAGUUUUCCUUUUGGAGGUUUUUCUGUUUGGGGUUUGUGUGUGUUUUUGUUUUGAUUUUACUUAUCUGCCUGGAUGUAUUAGCAGGUUUUGAAUGUAGUGUUGGCCUUUGGCCGUUAGGAUUUUCUUAAAAUACAUUUUAAUAAUUAUCAUGUGACCAACUGGUUUCAAGAAGGCAGUAUUUCUGAGAGAAAAUGCUUGACUCCAAGACAUCUCAUCAACUUUAGAGUGAGCAUGAAGUGAUAUGUGCUUUUAUUAAAGGAAAAAAAAGCCAACAAAAGUUGAAAAAAAAAAACCAACCCAACAACCCAUAACGUGGGGCACAUAAAUAGAGCUGAAAUUUGGUUUGGGUAGCAUACAGUUUUCUCUUCACUCUGAAUUAAGAUGCAGGCCGUAGCAUUUCCAUGUGUUGUAGCACACAGAGAGCUCAAACAGAUCUGCCAGACAUUGAAAUACAAAAAGGUCACAUCUAUGAAUCCUUUUGCUCUGAGAUUUGGAUUUUUGACUGGUGUUUAUGUCCAUUGCCGGCAAUGGCUGCACCAAAACUGCUGCUGCCACUGAGGAGUGAGUUCUCCUUUCCUGCCCCACCCAGUUCCCUUCCAUUAUAUUGUAUUUACUAAUCAGUCAUUAAGCACUUCUGUUUCCUUGUAAUAAAACUGGCAUUAGGCCAUUACCAAAUACCUCUCUAGAAAACCCAGAUAAAAAAAUUAUCUACCUUCUGGCCUUGAGAGUCUUGGUUUUGUUUCCCCACCUCUUUCUCCACGAGUUCUAUCUCUCUGCUCCUGCUCAUGUGGGUUCUAGCAGUGCACAUUCCCUGCUACCAAAAACUAGAAUCAUCAGAGCCACAAAAAGAUGGAACUCACUCAUUAUCUGCUGUGCUAAGCAAGCUUGGGGUUUUUAAAGAAAUGAGAAAUCAUUCUCCUUCUUAAUGAGAGCUUAAUUUCAUUAAAGAAAUAUUUUUCCUCCUUAUCAACCUUAAUAGAUAACAAAAAGUGAAAAGCCACAGGAAUGUAGAAUGAGUUCUUAAAAGGCACCUGUACCAUUUUAAGCUACUCUGGUGUUUUUUCUUUGCCUAGGAGAUGCAUAAAUGUAGUGCCUCUACAUUUCUAAUACACUGGUGUUUGCAAACAAGAACAUAAGGCUUCCACUUUCCUAUGUUCAUAAUUACUGAGCAUUUUCAAUAUUUGCAGUGCAAACUGUCUGAUUAAAGUACAGCAACAUUGUGCAACAAAUGGUUUCUUUCUUGUUUUGGCUGUGCCAUAAUCUUUUUUGCUGCCUGAUGGAGCCUUUUUGUAUCAGUGCUGUAGCAAACAUUCUUGCUUGUGGAGUGUGGUGGCUGAAACCAGGACAUAGAGUCAACCCCAGAUGUUAAAUGCUUCAUGGGCAUGGAGUUGUGAAUGUAGGAAAAUAAAAAAGGAGUUACAAUACUGAAAAUACCAACCAGGAAAAAUGAGUGCUGAGUUAGUGAGUGAUGUGAAAGCAGGAGUGACCAGGAAGCAGAACUGGACCAUUGAAGCUCACUCAGAAAUGUUGAGUUGUAGGAAUGCAGAGUGAGAACUUGUUACCAAGUUUUACUCUUUAUACAUCACUUCUGUACAACAACUUCUGUGUCUUGUUAAGAAGCCACCUCUAGUAUCUGACACAGCUUCAUCCCCCAAGAUCCUGAGUCCCCCAGUAGAGCAGUAAGAAUGCUGUGCAAGAGGAAAAGGCAUAAAAUGGAAGCCUUAACAUUUUCAAAUCUGUAUUUCUCUCCUUUCUAAGGCUCCCUGCUUGGUGGAAAAUACACAGUCUCCUGUUUGGAAUGAUGCCACUUUCUGAUGUGAGGCCAGCUGACUGCUGCACAGGGUUCAUGUGAUUCCAGUGUGGAAAUGUCCUGACUCUUCUGUAUUCAUUGUGAGAUCAGAAGUUAAAUGUCUUUGAAGAGUGAUUUCAGGUGUGGAUUUGAGCUAACAGAAUGCUCAAAAUGAUGGAAAACAGACUGAAAAUAGGGCAGGGAUUUUUUUUUUUUAAAUCAUAAUGGAUUUAAAAGUAUCAAGAGCAAGCAGCUGCUGGCUGACAGUAAUAUUUAUCCAACAAACUCUUGUUUAUUCCACACAGGUUGUUUGCCUUUUUUAACUGCAAACUCUUCAGAGUGUAACUGAUUAAGAACCAUGCAAAGUGAUUUCUGUGUGCAAUUUCAGUAGCAUUGGUAAGGGGAAGAACCUGUAAAUUGAGUGGAGAAGUGGACCAAGAUUUUGUGUUUUGUGUCACCAAGAUAAAGGAUGGCUUUUUGCUGUUCUUGCACGUGGCUCAUGUGACUGUUGGCAACACAAAGAGCACAGGAGGUCUGCUCUGUAAUUAAUAAACGUGGUGCACUAAUCUUAAUUAGGAGGGUGGUAGAAUUAAGAACUCAGAUUCAUCACAGCUGCUGCCUGCUAGUAAUUGAGCCUGGUAAACUGGGGUAUAUUCUUGAUUUUAAAAUGGAAAGUGACAUCACCAAACUACCAAAAAAAAAAAAAAAUCCCUUAGUGUUGAAAUCUUGUAGGAAGAUUAGUGCUGAACAAUCAAGUCUUUGAUAGUUUGUACAUGUUGAAUUACAUUAUAAAAUUACUGCAUCUUCCAGAUUUUUUUUUUAAUGAAAAGAUUGCUCUGUUCUAACACCACUUGAGAGAAAGAGAUGCUUUUUUUUCCUAAGUUUCUCAUUUAUGAAGUGGAUCACCUUGGAUUCAAGUGUCUCAGUUACUCUUCAUACAGCAGGAGCUAAUGACUUGGGGCUGUUUUCUGUUCCCUUCUGUUUUCUGAUUGCUGUAUCUGAACUCUUGGUGAAAGACCUUGAGGAGCCCCAAGGG